GGAAUGGUGUGAAAAAUUUGCUUCAUCUAGGGUACAAAUUCUCGGUGAGUCAUGACGUGUUUUUUCGUUGCUCCGGUGAUCUCUGGUUCUUCAACACUUUUUCUUGAUUUGAAGUAGAAGGAAAAAGGAUAUUCGAUUCGUCCUAACGCGAAGAGUGCGAUUUGUAACCGUCCUGCCCAGAUAUUUUGGAAUUAGGCGCUGAAAUAGAGGCAAGUACAUAUAUAUAAACAGCGUAAAACUGUUCCGGUGCGGUCAUGUAGGAUGCGUUGUUUUGGCGUAGAUACCAUACUUCACUGGCCAGUCAAGGAAUGCAACCAACACUAGGUGAUAUUAAUGAAUAAUAAAAGGAAGGAGUUUUCUUUAGCAAAUCGUUAAAAUCAUAAAUCCGAUCAGAAACCUUACAUAUAUCGUACAAAAUAGACAUUGCAAUUGCAAAUCUACGGCUUCAAAAUGCCGCGAAUCGAUCCGAUGAAACUCUUAGUGUGCCUGAGCGUGCUGCUUGCACCAAACGGUGGCAUACGUAAUGCAGGAGAAGUGAGACGGCUUGCAAACUUAAUGGCCAAGUUUUCUAAAAAAUUAGUUUCCAAAGCCAUUUACAUACAGAUACUAAAGUGUACGGAAACCGAGCUGCUGGGCCAAUUCAUGCAAACUGGCGGCUGGACACUGGUACAUACGUGGCUGGUCGAUGGAAUUGCUUCUAAAAAUUGGCCGCUAAUUCAGGAACUGAUGGAGCUACUUCUCUGCUGUCCGGUAGAUGUUGAGAGGUUGAAAAUAAACAGUACUCCCAGGCUGGUCAAAUCCUUGUCAACCGACUGUGCACACGAAAGUGUAAAAGUUCUCGCAACAAAGUUGGUCGAACAGUGGUUGUAUAUUGUGAAAGCCCCUAAACAGUUAUCUCCGAUGGUUCCAAUAAAUCAAUCAGAUUUGCCAGCUGUUCCUGGUCUGGCAGGGAUAACUGAGGGCAAGCAACCAAAUUCCGAAGGCACAAAUAGUGCUCUCUCGAUUGGCGGGGUCCUAGCAAAGCAAGGCGGAGAAUCCGGCCAUCAUUACCAACAGAAUGGGUACGCAGUGCAUAACACCAGUAGUGAGGUGGCAAACAUACAACAGUCGGAGGUUGGCAGGGAUGAUGUAGACAGCGGCAAAAAAACAUUCCAAACUGGUGGGGGGGAAGCUCAACAAGCGGUUGCUUCGUCAAAGAAAACGUCGUUAGUGUUGAAGAUUACAACAAAGAAUGGCAAGCAGGUUGUGGCCAAGGUGAUCAAACCAAACAGAAAGCAGCAACGCGCUCCGCUACUGGGCGAGGAAGAUGACGAUCUGGGCGAAGACGAAGAGGAGGAAGAUCAAGAAGAGGUGGUCGUAAACAUCGAAUCGGGCAAAUCAACCGACGAAAGUGUUGCUGUCAACGAGCAGAACGAUCAGGCUGGAACGGAUAUGAAAAAAAUAGACGUACAAAAUGGUAUAGAAAGUAGCAAAGAAAGAAAUACUUCAUCGUCGAAAGACAAGGAUCGACAUCAUCAUUCACAUCGUGAACGAGAAAAGGAGAAGGACCGCAAGGGUAGUAGUAGUAGUAGCAGUGGUCGAUCUUCUUCAAAAUCAUCCGGCAGCAGCAGCAACAGCAGCAGUAAACACAAAUCUUCAAGCAGCAGCAGCAGCAAAAGCAGUAGUUCGAGCUCUAGUCGCAGUAAGGAUAAAGACCGUCACAGUAGUAGCAGCAGCAGCAGUACUAACAAACACAAAAGCUCCUCGUCAUCUUCAUCAUCUAAGUCAAAUAGUAGCGGCUCUAAAAGCAGCAGCAGUAGUAGUGAUAAGCAUCGAGAUAGCAAAGAUAAAUCAAGCCAUUCAACAAGUGGUAGUAGUAGCGGUACUCGGGAUUCCAAGAACCAAUCGCAAUCCUUUUCCUCAUCUAAGCUUUCUCGCAAAAAUUCGCGUGACGAUGGUGCUGGUGGAUCGAACGAUAGUGGUUCGGAAUCGAGUAGCACUACUAACACUAGCGCAAAUGGUGCAAAAACGGCAAAAUCCGCGUCUGCUGCGGCCAUUCCCAACAAGAAAGCAUCGAUUUCAAUCGAGGUGCGCAAUCCGGAGAAUCGGCCAAAGACGGUUAAAACGUACAAUUCGCAGUUUCGCUCACACGGUCUCAUUGAAGAGGCUCCUCCGCCACCAUCGCGAAAGGGCUUGAAGAAACCAUCGUCUACUUCUCCAUCGACAGCAUCAUCAAAUACCUCCUCCACUACGAUCGGUUCGACCGCCACCGGUACGGUAAAGCGCAGUUCACCCGUAUCGUCGGGUCGGGAAGCAGUUUUGGCGGGAUCACCGGUCGAGAAGAAGCCGAGGGAAGAUCCGUUGGAGCGGCCCGGUUCCAUCAAGCUCAUACCUCCGAAACGUCAACAUGCCUUGGUAGAAUCGGACAUGUUCAUGGACGCACUGUCUGCCACCCUGCGUAAGGACGUGAAGAAGCGCAAAAGGCGCACGAGUGGCUCGGAAGGUGCUACUACUACCGUUGUCAACAGCACCAAGCCAGGUGAAACGACUGCCGCUAAUAAAUCGGCUGGUGCGGAUGCUGGUACUACGAAAGUUAACGCACCUGGUAGUCCGACAACAACGACAGCACCUGUGGAAGAUUCUGCAUCGGAAGCUACCACCCCAACCACUCCUACCUCACCGAAAGUUCCAACGAUAGCACCGAUGUCUUUCUACCGGGAUACACUUGCGGAACAGGAAGAGGAAAAUGGCAGCGAGUCGGCCACAACCGAGGAAGGCUUAACGAAGGAACAAGCGGCCAAUGAAGAUAAUGGUGCGGAUGGGAAAAAAAUAAAUCCCGAUGCAGAAAGUGAAGCCGACGAUGAAGGGCCAAUAUUGAAGAAGCCCAAGCGAAUUAAAUGUGAACUGAACGAUGAUGAUGAAGAGGAAAAGGACGGAGAAAAUAGUACCGGGGAGAAGGCGGCGAAAAAGGAAUCAAGCGAAGGAGCUGGCAACGAUGACGACAAGACUGAACUGAUAGACGCCGUUAUGAACGACGUGGAGAAGAAGAUCGCGGAAGAAGCCGAGGGUGAUAAGAAGGAAGAUUCGGAAAAGGAGGAAGAGUCUCCGGCCGAUGGUAACAAACCGCCCGGUCCGGGCUGUGGUCCUAAUGGACCACCGGGUGUACUGGUGAUCCAUCGUAGAAAGGGUCCGAAGAAGCAGCUGCGCUGGAAAACGGCCGAAGAGCUGGAGGAAGUACGUUACUUCGAGCUAGACGUAACGGAGCGCUGCAAUGUGACGAAAUCGUUCACGGAUAUGAAGCAGAUGGAACGAGUGGACGAGCGGCAAAAGUUUAUGCUAUCACGUAAGGUCGGUUCGGAGGACAUCAUGGUGGAACGGACGACGUGGCGUCCGUUAGUGGUGGUGGACAAUGUUCCGCCGUCGCCCGAUGGCAACCAAAGUCUCGAGCGAAACGUUCAACGGCAACGCGAACGCGGUUGUCUGCAGGCACUCUACUUCAACAAGCACAUGAUUCCCGACUCGCCGACCGAACCGGAUCCAGCGGAUAUUUACCAGACAGCUGAUCCGGUGCACAUUCCACUAGAGGACGUUACCGGCAACCCUGAUUCGGUGAACGAUUUUACCAGUGUACCGUGGCCGGAUCCAAAAUCGACACCACCGCACGAAUCGGGCGCUUUCAACUCACCCUUCUUUCCCACCGAUUUACCAUCAGCGGCCGGAUUUGGUCCGGGCGGUUUCCCACCGCCAUUUGCACCCGGUGCUGCAGCUACCAUUGGGCCGGGACCAUGGAACAUGGGACCACCGGGUGGUGCUGGUCCACGGACGGGCGUUCUUCCACCGGGUAUGUUCCCGCUCAAUCAACCACCACCCGGAAUGGGACCGGGGGGCGGCGCUAGUGGUCCGGCUGGUAGUCCAAACAUGCUUAACAUGCCUCUAAACAUGUCACCAAAUGUGCCUCCGCCCGGAAUGUUCCCGGGUGCGACGAAUUUUAACGCACCACCGCCAGAGAUAGGACUUAUGGCGGGUGGUCCGGAUAUGGGUGGUAGACGGGGCCCGCAAGGACCGGGUGGGGUCGAUUUCCGCAAUGGUCCUCCGCCGCAGCAGCAGUGGGUCACUGGCAAUCGACCAUUUGUGGGUGGCAACAAUGCACCGCGAGGUGGUGCCGGGGGCGGCUUUGGAAACCGUGGAGGAGGGGUCGGCAAUUGGAACAAUCGCAACAAUGGCAAUAAUGGGAAUCGAAACGGUGGCGGAGAUCGUGGACGGAUGGGCGAUGAUGGCCGAGGAAACUAUCGCGGCCAUUGGUUACAGAACAACCGUGGACACAAUCGAGGCGGUGGUGGACGGAAGUGGUAGCACAAGAGCGACACCAAUCGGGAUAGCGAUGACAGUCCGGAGUAGCGGAUGUCGGAUCUGUUCCGAAGCGAAUGUAACCGCCCUUGAUUCAAACCGAUCUCGCACGCCUAUUUGUUUUGUAGAUGUUUCGUAGAAUGAUUUCAUCUGCUGGUUAACUUGUUUUAUGGUUUUAUUUUUACUGUGCCGUAUAGCAAUAAUAGUAGCAGUAGUAGUAAUAAUAAGUAACAGCUGGGUGGAAUGCAAAUAGUGGUCAAGCUUUGUGCUUUAGUACACCACUCGAAUGGUGUGAUAGAAUAAACCAUUUGUCAUGUAUAUAUUGUGCAAAACAGAAACUUGGGAACGCAUCAAUUGGGCGAGUGUCUCCGGUAGCUUUAGAUGUAUAGAAGAUUGCGGUGCUUCAGAAAGCACAGCAUUUAAAAUAGUUAUAGCUCAGUAUAAUUGCAUAUAUUAGAGUCAAUCACAACUGCACCACUAUCUGUCCGAUAAGUUCGUGUGAUUACAUUUAUUUUCUCAAGUAAAAAGAUAAGUAAAGAGAGGAAUCAAAAGAAUCUAUUUCUACAGGAAGCAUUAUGAAUCGCAUUCAACAUGAAUAAUGUUUUUUUUAAGAUGAGGAUUUUCACAUGUUUUUGUUUUAUAGAAUCUUUUGAUCAUAAUGUCUUUAUGAUCGCGAACUGUUAAUUAAGCGAAGGGAUUGGUAAUACUUUUACCGUUGUGAAUGUAUGGAGAAGAUACAACCGAAUCAAAGAUACAAUAAGACACCGUUAUAAAAGCAGAAGCAGAAUAUGUGUCUUUUAAUGCAACUUCAUUAAAUCUUUAUUUGACGAUAUUGGGCCAUAUGGUUUACAUUAUGGUUUUAUAAAACGGUGCAUAUGAAUUGGGUUAUUUUUUUAGUAAAGCAUAGUGCAUAUCAAUCUCAUGUAAAUAUUAUUAUAGUAAUACACCAGCUACAGCUUGAAGGAAGUGCUUGUUUUUAGCUAUGUAACAUGGAAGUUUGCGUAUGUUAAUAAAUAUGCAUUACAAAUAUUAAACAAA